AUGGCCGGCGUUGGUUCCGGCAAGCUCAUCGGAUCGGAGAUUCAUGGAUUCCAUACUUUGCAAGAUCUGGAUAUACAAACUAUGUUGGAUGAAGCUUACACUAGGUGGCUCCGUCCAAACGAGAUCCAUGCUCUUCUUUGUAAUCAUAAAUUCUUCACCAUCAACGUCAAACCAGUGAAUUUGCCCAAAAGUGGUACAAUUGUGUUGUUCGACCGGAAGAUGUUGAGGAACUUUAGAAAGGAUGGUCAUAACUGGAAAAAGAAGAAGGAUGGAAAAACAAUUAAGGAAGCUCAUGAACACCUAAAAGUGGGUAACGAGGAAAGGAUUCAUGUUUACUAUGCCCAUGGCAAUGAUAACCCUACAUUUGUGCGAAGGUGUUACUGGUUGUUGGAUAAGUCUCAGGAGCACAUAGUUCUUGUUCACUAUCGCGAGACACAUGAGGCUCAGGCAGCUCCAGCAACACCUGGAAACUCCUACUCAAGUUCGAUCUCUGAACUAUCACCAAAACUUGUGGCUGAAGAUAUCAAUUCUGGUGUCCGUAAUACUUGUAAUACAGAUCUGGAUAUACAAACUAUGUUGGAUGAAGCUUACACUAGGUGGCUCCGUCCAAACGAGAUCCAUGCUCUUCUUUGUAAUCAUAAAUUCUUCACCAUCAACGUCAAACCAGUGAAUUUGCCCAAAAGUGGUACAAUUGUGUUGUUCGACCGGAAGAUGUUGAGGAACUUUAGAAAGGAUGGUCAUAACUGGAAAAAGAAGAAGGAUGGAAAAACAAUUAAGGAAGCUCAUGAACACCUAAAAGUGGGUAACGAGGAAAGGAUUCAUGUUUACUAUGCCCAUGGCAAUGAUAACCCUACAUUUGUGCGAAGGUGUUACUGGUUGUUGGAUAAGUCUCAGGAGCACAUAGUUCUUGUUCACUAUCGCGAGACACAUGAGGCUCAGGCAGCUCCAGCAACACCUGGAAACUCCUACUCAAGUUCGAUCUCUGAACUAUCACCAAAACUUGUGGCUGAAGAUAUCAAUUCUGGUGUCCGUAAUACUUGUAAUACAGGGUUUGAAGUGCGCAGCAACAGUCUGGGUUCUAGAAAUCAUGAGAUUAGGCUUCAUGAGAUCAAUACGCUUGAUUGGGAUGAGCUUCUAGUACCAGCAGAUAUUAGCAACCAGUCUCAUCCAACAGAAGAAGACAUGCUAUACUUCACAGAACAGCUCCAAACUGCACCUAGGGGAUCUACAAAGCAGGGAUAUCAUCUUGCAGGCUACAACGGAUCAGUAGAUAUACCAUCAUACCCCGGUCUCGACGAUCCUGUUUACCAAAAUAAUAACUCAUGUGGUGCAGGAGAAUUUUCUAAUCAGCAUGUGCACUGUGGAGUAGAGUCAAAUCUACAGAGUAGGGAUUCCAGGAUAUCAUCUUGCAGGCUACAACGGAUCAGUAGAUAUACCAUCAUACCCCGGUCUCGAAGAUCCUGUUUACCAAAAUAA